GUUGGUUACAUAUUCGCCAUGCUUGACGUUAGCAGCCACAAGGAGAUCACUCUUCCGGGGGUCGAGAAAAGACUGGGACGCAAAGUAUACUGGUUCGAGCGACGUCUAAACCUCACCGAAGCAGAGCGACAAAGCGUCUGGAAGGAUCUAUACGAGCUCUCAGAAAACCUAUGGUGGGUCGAGGUGGACUUGACGAACGAAAAGGAAAAGGUGCACGGGUACACAAUUGGCUGCAGAGGUUCAAUCGAGAUACAUUUGAACAAGCAGGACACCGACUGCGCAUGUAGAGAAGUCCAAUGCGCUGAAGACGCCGUCGAGUGGCAACCUGGCUCUAAUGAAUCCUCUGCACGGCUGAGAGUGAUGUUCAAUCUUGCUACCACACUGGUUCACGAAGUCUUGCACGCACUGUGGCGCAACUUCGAACCUUAUUACAUGGACACGAGAGCUGCAGAGCUGGGCUUCCAGUGGGAGCAACUCCUGUACUCGGGCCAGAUCGAUAACCCUACAUCCGACAGAGGCAGUCCCUAUAUUUUGGAAAUCAACAAUUGGCCACCUCCUAACAGCGACGACGACGAGUAUGAGAAGUUCCUCAUGAGUCACAAGAAAUGGGGCUCGAGCGAUGUCCAUCAAGACUUUGCAGUCGAGAUGAGUUUCGUUCAAGGUGUGUUCACGCAUGAGUUUUGGGAGGAAGUCGACCGAUACGGAAUCUCCAAUUUCCGGCCUGCAAGAAUGCUGGGUGUUCGUACCACUGUUGCUUCCAAGUAUCGGGACGCCGAGAGCCCAACUAUCAGGGGACUUGCUGAUGGUAAACCUCCAAGUCCCGAUGACGCGGAUCCUAAGGGAGUCAUCGACCGGCAUUGA